AUGUACCAUCCCUGGACUGGCGAAAGACCGUUCAGAGUCCAACUGAGAGGCAAUCCUGAGGGCUACGACGACUUGGCCCACCCGCAGGCAUUGUUCACCGUCGCCUAUGAUGGACAACCAUGGCACUGCGGGACAUGUAACAACCACAGACAACAUCAUGUGAGUGUUGACAACGUUUACAGUAAAGCAAUCACCAGGGAGAGAGUCUUUGAAGCAGCAUCCCAGGGGGACACGACUGAACUUAAUGGCCUGCUCAACUACCUGCGAGUCAACGAAAAGCGACUCACGAGCCCAGAAUUCAUAGAUGAAUCCAAUGGGAAAACAGCACUCCUGAAAGCUUUGCUGAAUCUAAAAGAUGGCAAAAAUGACACCAUUGAAUACCUCCUUGACAUAGCAGAGAAAACUGGAGAUUUAGAAAAUUUAAUCAAUGCGUCCUACAAAGAUCUUUACUACAAAGGUCAGACAGCCUUGCAUGUCGCCAUUGAAAGAAGGAGCUUUGACCAUGUGAGACUGCUGGUCCAGAAAGGAGCAGAUGUGCGGGCCAAAGCCAAUGGGAAGUUCUUCCAGCGUAAUGCAGGACUGGGCUUUUAUUUUGGAGAACUUCCACUGUCACUGGCUGCCUGCACCAACCAGUCCAAUAUUGUGUCCUUCCUCAUGGAAAACCCUUACAGAAGAGCCGACUUGGCUGACAGAGACUCGCAAGGGAACACUGUCUUGCACACCUUGGUGGUCAUAGCAGACAACACUACAGAAAACACAGAUAUGGUUGCAAGGAUGUACGAUGAGAUCCUCAUUCAGCAUAACAAACUUCAGACAAAAAGUGAAGUCAAGCUGGAAGAAAUUGAAAAUAAUCAAGGGUUUACUCCUCUGAAGUUAGCGGCCAAGCUUGGGAAGAUCGGGCUGUUCAGGCACAUUUUGCACCGGGAAUUCGCGGAUGAGGAGAUGAGGCCACUGUCUCGGAAGUUCACAGAGUGGGUCUACGGACCCGUUCGCUCCUCACUGUAUGACAUGAGUUCCAUCGACACCAAUGAAGAAAACUCUGUGUUGCAGAUAGUCGUCUUUGGGAGUGAAAUUCCGAAUCGUCCAGAGAUGCUCCAGAUUGAGCCUCUACGCAGUCUUCUCGAGGAUAAGUGGGAAAGGUUUGCUUCCAAAUUAUUCUUGAUGAAUUUCUUGGUGUAUCUGAUAUACCUGAUCAUCUUCACUGCUGUGGCCGUCUACAGAAAGGAAGGACAGCCGCCGUUCCCCAUCAAAGAUGUCCUGGUUGACUACCUCCGCUGCAUCGGUCAGCUCAUCAGUGUCUUUGGAGCAGUGUGGUUUUUCUAUAAAGCGAUAACUAUUUUCAAGAGGAACCCCCCGAACUUCAAGGCUCUAUACACUGAGGGAUUCUGUGACAUUCUGUUUUUCCUGCAGGGGACGCUUCUUCUGAUCUGCACAAUUUUGUACAGCUGUGGCCGGAGAGAAUACGUCGGACUCCUCGUGCUGUCACUGGCUCUUGCCUGGAUGAACGUCCUUUACUACUCAAGAGGCUCCAAACAAAUGGGGAUAUACAGUGUCAUUUUGCAAAGGAUGAUCCUAGGCGACCUGUUAAACUUUUUAUGUGUCUAUGGUGUCUUGCUUUUUGGAUUUUCUGCAGCUAUUGUUGCUCUCAUAGACGACUCCGCUCCAGCUCAUAAAAAACUGACCAAUGGCACACUGGCACAUGGAAGGAGCUUUGGUGUCGAGACAUUUAAGUGCAAGAAGCCAAGUUACAACGACAUCCGUUUUACGACACUGGAAUUGUUCAAGUUCACCAUUGGAAUGGGAGAUCUCGAGUUCACCGACCACGUUCAGUAUAAGGAAGUUUUCUACAUCCUGCUCAUCUUGUACAUAGUUCUCACUUACAUCCUGCUGCUCAACAUGCUCAUAGCCCUGAUGGGCAACACGGUUGAAAGAAUCUCCGAAGAAAGUGAAAACAUCUGGAACCUGCAGAGGGCCUUCACAAUUUUGGACAUGGAGCAGACUUUGCCGAGGGCUCUGAGAAGUAGGCUGCACUCAGGACUGUCGAAGAUGGUGUGUCUGAGAGGCGAGAAGGACAGUUGUCGGAGAUUUUUCAGGGUGGAGGAAAUGAAUUGGAGACAAUGGAAGUCAGACCUCGGUGUGAUCCGAGAUGAAGACCCUGGGAAUCGUAUGAUGAGCCCAGAGCCCCGCGACCAGACUCCUGGGAGUCCUUGGAGCCUAAAUCCACUCUUGGAGAGGAUUCGUGUCAGACGUAGGCCACCACAGCAUUCCAGCGUCCCCUAAUUUCAUCAGACCACCCCCCCGGCCUCUCCCCUCUAAAAAUGUAAAGCUUUAUUUUUAUUU